AUUGUGCAGCUUGACCACAUCUCAACACAGUGUCCAACGCCUCAUCAUUGUCACGUCAACAAUCUUCCAUCGUAACACAGUCUGUGCUUUAAAAAAAUAAGAUCUGUACUUGUAGCGUGAGCUCUCACAGCGAACCGAGCCUUCUAACGCUCCGCUCCGGGACUCCGUAUUUGAAGCGAGCUAGCGGUAGCGUUAGCGAGCAGCUCCAGGGAUGGCGGAGGCUCCCGGGACAUCGAGUGAGACGAUAACGGAGACCGUUCAGACGAGCACGCCGCCGCCACCCCAGCAGGAGGGACGAAGCCUGACAAUCAAGCUGAGGAAGAGGAAGACUGAGAAGAAGGUGGAGUGGUCCAGUGACACCGUUGACAAUGAGCACCUCGGGAGAAGGUCUUCAAAAUGCUGCUGUAUUUAUGAGAAGCCCCGGCAGUUUGGAGAGUCGUCCUCUGAAAGCGAGGGUGAUGAUGAUGAUGAUGAUGAAGGGUGCGGCAGUGCUCACUGUAUCCUGGGCCACAGCACAAGAGGCCAUGGACAGAGGGGGGGUGGAGGGACCACAGUGCCCCCAAACUCUGGAGGGUCACACACCCACUAGUGAGUGGUCUGAGGGGUUUCUCACCAUGACAACGACUGCACUCUUUUUUUAGUUUGGUUCCAUCACUGAAGUACAGGUAGGAGUCAGAAGCUGCCAGCUGCUGGAGCAGGAUUACUGCCUCUGUACUGCCGCUCUGAAAAGCACAGAGCAACAUGGAUUAUUGAAUAAGCCUAAUUGAAAAGCCUGCUCUCCUUUCCACAGAUAAAGCAUGCUCAGUGUUGUGCCAACUGACAUGCGUAACUUGGAAUGAUGACUACGAGUUCACAUUUACAACGUCUUAAAGGAGACGCGCUGUCAUGACUUUUGCAUGUUUUAGCCCGUUUACUAGGAAUCACACACGGUGUGCAUCACUGCUGAGCAUUCUCCAAAGCAGCUAGCACACUGAUAGCAUUAGCAUUGAUUUCCUAUUGGUUUCCAUUUAAUUAUCCAUGCUAUGCCAAUAAACCUUGAGGUUUGUGCUCCAUCACAGUGA